ACACCGGCGGGCGUGGCUACGCAAAUGAACGAGGAGCUGCGUGUGAGCGGAGCUCCGCCGACAUGACUGCCGCGUCCGCGAGCACCUCCGCCUUCGUUGAGCCUCCGUGGGAGAUGCUGACUCGGGGAGCGUGACUGACACCCGCGUGACUCCGUCCAGGACAGGAGGACCGAGCCGGCAGCGACAUGACAUUUCUCACCCUGGAGGAAACACUAAAGGUGGGGAACUUGGAUGAAGUGUUCGAGGAUAUAAGCUCUGACAUGCCAAAGGAGCAGGGUCAUUCAGGGGAGUUUACUUCCUGCAGUAGCUCAAAGAAUGCCAAAGAAAAGAGCAACAGUGCCACUUUGCGAGCCUCUCUGGCUGGAAGUCACAGGAACCUGAGUGGAAUGGGUGACAUGAGCAAACACAUGCUGUGUUUUGACUCUGAGAAGGACUCUGGGUAUUCAGAGGCUGGCUCUGAUGACCAGCACAGCAACGACAAAGAGCCUAAGAGGGCCAGUAGCCUAACCACAAGCAGCUCCACUUCCCAUGACAACCUGACCCCCAUCUACAUCUUCAAAAACCUGCAGUCUGGAGCAGACCAGCUUCUACAUGGCCCCCUUUCAUGGGCUGGAGGUUGGCAGAGCCUCGCAGGCGGAAAGGCAGCCGCUCAGCUUGUGCUGAUUCAGCAGCCAGUGGUCCCCGCCCCUUCGACGUCGAGCCCGACAUCUUGCUCCUCUCUGACACCGAGACAAGCCCAUGUCAAAAGAGGAGGCAACCGCACCAAUCUCCCCAACAACAAUAAAAAUUCAUACCUGCCCAUCCUGAAUUCCUACCCCCGCAUUGCUCCCCACCCUGGAAAGGAGACCCCUGAGGGAAAAGGUGCUGUCCCAGCAACAGGGCUCAAAGAAAAUGGCAGUGAAGGCCAAAGCCAGAGCAAGAGAGUUCGUACUGAGGAAGAGAAGAGGGAGGAUCCGAUGGUUGGCCAUUCGUUGCGACUUGAGCAGCAGCAGAGGGAGGCCAAAGGAGUUCAUAGCUGCUUGCCUGGCUGCUGCAGCUGUCAACCAAAACUCCAGCAUAAUAGCCAAAAGCCUCACAGCACAGGAUCUCCAUCCAUCUCUAGCUCCCAGACUCCAUCCCCACCCUCUUCAUCCGACUCCUCUUCGUCCUCUUCGCCUCCUUCUUCGACAGCUCAUAGCCCAGAUUGUCCAGGACCGGACAGCACAUCCACGCGCCAGCGGCGGUUUCUCAACACAGCAGAGAUUCUCAACCAGUCUGGCCUGCUAGCCAUCACCCUUCGGACCAAGGAGCUGCUGAAGCAGAACGCUGCUACAGAGCGAGAAAUCCUCCAGCUGCGCCAGCACACCCAGCUGCUGUGCCACAUUGCGCAGGCCAGUCAAAGCAGUAGCAACGAUGACCCAGGCAAGCUAAACAAGCUCUUCCAGGACAUGAAGGCAUCAGGUUCCUAUCCCACUUUAGACCUAGACCGCGUGAAGAUGCACAGCAGCAGCCAGCACCAGAGCAGGAUCAGAGAUGAGGAAGACGUCCACAUGACAGUUACAACAACAAACGGCAGCCCUUCCCGCGUGGUGUCCCUGUACCACACAUAUGAUGGCGUCUCACCCCCAUCCCCACUGUUUGCCCCCUCGCCUGACAUACAGGAGGUCCCCUGUGAGCCUGAGUCCAGCUCAAACACUGUUUCCUCUUUUGUUCCAGGACCUGAGCAGGAGUUGGGACUGCCCCUAGAAAAAGCUGCUUCUAGAUUUUCAGACAACUCCGGACUCAACUGUCUCCUGUAGCAUCUUUUACUAAAUAACAAGUCCCCAUUGACCGGUUGCAUUGUUGCUCGAAAUUGCUCUGCUUUUAUGGAAAAUCCCUCAUUAUUUAAGAGACUAUUAAAAAAUCUUGCUUGUUGUUCUUGACUCAUGUUUAUUUGUGCCUUCAAAUCUUAUAUCAGCCAACUCAGCUGAGUGUAGCAUUUUCAUGAUCCAUGAAGUUUGUUGUGCAGAUUCCCAGCAUUUUUUAUGCCAUAGAAGGCAAGAAUACUUAAGCUUGUGUUCAUCCCAGUAAAGUCGAAAUUCUAUUGUUCAACCUUUGUACACAGUAAGUGAAAGUAGCUCAUCUCAUUCUGCUCGAAAGGUGCACAAGAGCAGAAAUGGCUCCUAUUUUUCUUUUGCAGGCUGUUUUAUACUGUUUAAGGUUCAAAUGCUGCAGAAUUGCUCAUAUUGUUAUUGUUGCUUUAUAGUUGCACAGUAUUCUUAAAACAAGCAACAGCAGUCUGGAUUUUAUGAGAAUGGCAGUGCGACCUUUGACAUUUAUGUUUAAUUUAUAAACAGUCAGAAAUACUAGGAAAAACUACAUUUUUGUAAGGCUCAGAACAGUUAUGUGAUGUUUUAGUUGAUCAUAGGUUUUGAAACUAUGCCUUUUUUUUGUAGUGUAUGCAGCAAUAAGAAAAAAGCUAUCAAACUGCUGCAAUGCAGCUGCCCCUGGCACUUUCAGCUCUUAGUGGCUAUUGGAAUAGUAUCAGUACUGUAUAGUGACCCCCCAGAUGUAAAUAUUAUGAUCAAACAUUUGUGUCAUUUUUAUUUGCCCUUGUUUUCUGUUUUUUCUCUCUCCCAUAAUUUGUUCAAACACGACACCAAUCAAAUGAUUAUUAAAGCCGAAAAUGGCCUUUUGUGACCUUUUUCAGUCCAGCUUCCUCAUUCAUUGAAUAGUUGUUUUUUCCACAAUCCUUUAGUUCAAGUUAAAGCCAGUUUCUGCCCAGUUUGGGUUAAUUUCGUUUUUUAAAAUGCAACAAAAAAGAUUUAUUUUUAAUUAACUGCUAGAAAUAAAGCUACUGGUUAUGCUUUCUCUUUACGUUUUCAUAGAUUUGAUUUUAGAUUUAGUCUUAACCCAUGACCCAUUUGUCCGUAAAACAAAAAUUGUGUGGGGUAUACCACAAACCAAGUGGACCACAGAACACAUUUCAGAUCUGUUACACCAAUGUCAUCAUGGGUCCUUACGGGUUAUUUUGCUGGUAAUUACACAAACUGCAUGACUUUAUUUCUGAGUAAUUUGUGUUUUUGCAGCUUAACAAACACUCUGUUCUCAAAUGGGUCAGCAUUUUUGCCCAUUUCCAUGACUGCAAUCUGAUUUCACAAAUUACCUUUUGUUGUAAAAUAUAAGGUUAAAACUCUUCCAUUUUAGGCUCUGUUUACAAGGGUGGCCAUUGGUUUUCUUGACAUCUUUUCAUUGGAAUAUUAAUAGAAUUUACUACUGACAGACUUGUUGCUGGAUGUGCUUUUCUGUAGUAUUUGCUUCUUAGAGAUUUGAGAUGUUUUGGCAUUUAACUCUGCAUCUACAGUACAGAUUAACUAAGACAUUUUGAAGUUGUAUCUUGAUUGUUUUGAUAGAACAACACUGGUUGUAUAUCAGUAAUCAGUCUUUAGAAGAAAACACUGUUAGUUUCCUCGCUCGUCACUUUAAACAAUAAAACUUCUUCCACUCUCUUAAA